AUGGGUCCCAUUGGCUUUACCGAGCCAAGCCUUCUCGAACUUGUUCCAACUCUCGUCGGCGAGUCCAAUUUCUCUACGUGGACUACUUCACUCAAGUGGACCCUGGAUUCACGCGAUCCUCAAUAUUACGAACUUCUCACUGGUGUGUGGAGCGAGCCCAGUGCAGUCCAUCCCACACAGCCCACCCCAACUGAAGUUGAGGCUCGGACUCAGUGGGAUAACGCCAGCCGUUACCUCCUGCCGCUACUCAACGCUACUGUUCACCAGACAGUCAGAAUUUACAUUCUGGACGCGAACAACGCACGUACCGCGUACGCCAACCUCCACCGUGCCUUCGCAGCCCGGUCUUAUGAAGCGGGCUUUGCCAAUUUUCUCAAGUUUAUGAACACCACGUACACUUCCAACAAGCCUCAAGCUUUCGUCAACGAAUGGCGUAUCGCUCUCAGUGACCUCCAAGAGUGCAAUUCGACAAAGCUUACGCCUCUUCUCAUCUUUUACCAUUUUCUGAAUGCCGUCAGCGCCAACCCAGCCGCGCAUUUAUGGCUCGACAACUUCCUCAAUUCGAAAGUUUCUACCGACACAACUAUCGAAGCAACAUUUGCAGACUUCGUUGUUUUUGAGGAUCAUCGUCUCAACGCUCUUAAUCAAGCUCACUCCUUUAGCAUGUCUAAAGUGAAUCAUCUCCCUUUCUUUUGUCGGUAUCAUAAUCGCCAAGCCGGUCACUCCAGCGAGCACUGCUUUCGCAACCCGAUUAACCAAGUCCCUUUGAAGAAAGUGACUUUGGCUCCUGCUCCGGCUACAGCUCAACGUACAGUCCCUGAAGACCUGCUUGCAGAAUAG